GAAAAAUUUCCCACCAGCCCUACUUUCAAGCCCGUUUCUGGGCUGUUGGACACGAAACAAUAAGACGAACAUUGAGAGCUGAUGUCUGUGGGUGGCCGUCUCACUGGGUCUGGUUUUAUUACCGUUUAUUCUUUAAACGCAGACUAAAACCGUGGGAACAAGUGGUGAUCCCAGACACAUGACUGUCUGUGCAUUGGCUCUGUAUGGUGCUUGAAGCUGGGUUCUACUACCUAACUGAGGUAGGAUCCCCACUGAUUUUCAUUACACUUGGGCACCUACCUCCAUUAGAGACCUCUGCAAGGGCAGCCUAGAGCACAGUUGUGUUGGGGGAGAAAGUACAAUAUAUUUAAGCCAUUCCCCUAAACCCACACAGUAAGGAGGGGGAUGGGACUUCAAUCUUGACAUUUCCUGGUUUGAGGGGAUGUUGGCCAUUUUAGCCCACACACGAGUUGCCUUUACACAGUACAACCCCGCUCACCUCCUCCGGUGACAGCCAUGGCUGGGGAUAUAGUCCCUGCUGAUUUAAACAUCCCUGGAGAUCCUUCCUCCAGAGGCAAAGUGGCUCCAUCUCAGCAUCACAAUCGCCCGAGGUGCCCGUACUGGCAUUGGCUGGCUCUGGGCCUCACAUUCGCUGGGAACAUCGUGCUGCUGAGAGUUGUGACGGCGCUGGCUGUUCGGGGUUCCCUGAACCCAUCACUGACCGGAGCCGACCCAAAAACGAUGGAGAACGAAACCGCAGCUCAGCCCAGUCCUAAAGGAAGCGGAUGCAGCGACUUGGAGGAGUUCCGCUCUCGCCUGCGGCAACAUUUGUGUUAUACACAAAACAACCAGCCAGCAGAGAGUUCCAGCUGCAAACUCUGCCCCAAGGACUGGCUGCUGCAUGGGAACAAGUGUUACUGGUUUUCUACAGCGAUUAAAAGCUGGGAGUGGAGCCGUGACGACUGUUUAAUGAAGAGAGCACAACUGCUAGUGAUCGAUGACCGGGAGGAGAUGGCGUCCAUAGGGAAUAUUACAGGGGACCAACAUCAGGUGUGGAUUGGACUUAACAUCCCAUCCCCAGGGAGGACGUGGACCUGGCAGGACGGAUCCCCGUUAAAUCAAACACUGUUCCCAGUUUCGGAUCCUCAGAAAGAGGACAACUGUGCCUCUGUGAAGAAGAAGAAGAUCCAUUCUGAAAUCUGCCAAACUGAGUUGAAAUGGAUUUGCCAGAAAGCAGCUUUCCUAGUUUAAGGAGGAGUCUGGUGGCACCUUAAAGGCUAACAGAUUUAUUUGUUAGUCUUUAAGGUGCCACCAGACUCCUUGUUGUUUUUGUAGAUACAGACUAACAUGGCUACCGCCUGAUGCUAGUUUAAGGAGCUGGAUUUGUGAGCUCUGUUUGCACAGGAGGAAUGUAAAAAGCUCUGUAUAUUUCAUCGUUAUUUCAGCUAUUAAAAACGACGGGUGAGAUGCUCA